AUGGCCGCCCGCGACCGCUGCGCGAGGCGACGUGCAGACGCGCGCACGCAGGUAGCGUCAGCAGAGAAGUUGGUGCUCCUGCUCGUGGGACUGCAGCUGUGUGGCGGGCAGGCCUACCGCCAGCAGUACGCGAGGCGCUACAGACAGGCCGCGUUCCACACCCCAGCUGGCGGCUUCCACAGCGCACCUAGCCUGCCCCCCUUCCUCCACGGGCAGUACCUCAAAUCUGGCGCUCAUUUUGUGCCCAUCAGAGGAUUACAUAAGAGAUUAGCACUGAGUUCCCACACUGCAUUUGGAAACGGGAAGCACGAUAAUAUUGCACCCAGCCUUGAAGUGUCACCUCUGCAAAGUGGUUUCCACGUAAAACCUUUAGAUGCGCACGCCAUGAGCUCCCAAGGAGGUGCCAGCCCAGAGACACUCCACGUUCCAGCGAGUGGUCUGGUUGGCUAUGAUGUUGGAAAUACUCAGGAGGCAUACACUAGCAGCCUAAACCAGAUGCAACUGCCUGGUUCUGGUGAUUUUCAUUAUGGAAGUGGCGCUCCCAUUUUUGGAAAUCUGGGUUACCAGCCAGGUUUCGGAACGGAUAAUGAAGAAAAAUCUGUCGGCAGAGUUACAAUGCAGGUUUACCGUGGCCCUACGAUGAAAGCUGGCCACAGUCACUUUGCACCCUGGGGCUACUACGUGUGGCAGCCAAGUGGUACUGAAACUUCGCACAAUGCCUUUGACCAUAUUUAAAUUGUGUGUGUGAGCGUGUGUUUGUGUGUAAAUUAAAUGAUAGCAUUCGUCGCGGAGUGCUUUAGGUCUCAGCAUCAACAGCGAAUUAGAAUAAAUUGUUGUGAACUGGAAAAAUGAAACAAUAUGUCAUUCCACUGUUGCUUUAAAUGAUUAGCAUUAAGAUGCCAUCAUGGUAAUUUGAUACAUAUACAAGAAAACCUGUACAUUGUCGAUAAAAUUUUCUCGCACUUCCAGCCACGUCUAAUGGUUAAAUGUCCACAAGUUUUCAGCCAAUUGCUCCUCAGUUAAUGGUGACUUUCUGGUCAUUGCUGCUGCUGUCCUCCUAUGACGUCACUGGUGCUCACUCCUGCCCCGUGUCGACUAUAUAAGAGGGAGAGCUGCAAUCACGCGGCAGUCACCACUUGACAGUUGCCGAGGAGCAAUCGGCAGAAAACUCAUGGACUUUUGAUCACUUGAUGUUGCUGGAAGCUUGAAAAACUUUUCUCAGUACAUAUCACCAUGAGACCGUGUGUUCAUAGAAAUACGUUGUUGACGCUUUCUAGAACUCAUGUACGAUAUUAAUUCUUAAUAAUUAUCAAAAUGUAUUUUCACAAUGAAAGAAAAUGGUCAUAAUAGCUUCAAUCCUUCUCGCUUUAAAAAGUAGUGGUAAAAGAAAUGAAUUCCGUAUUCUCAAAGUUGGUGACAGAAGAGCGCGUUAAUUAACUUUAAGAGAUAUUACUAAUCCCUUAACAGAUUAAAUCAAUACAUCAUUUCUAUUCAUAAUUAAAUUUUGUAGCCAGACAGAUUUACUCAUUUGUUUGUAUAUGCUUGAUGUGGGUACAGACCCAAAGGAUGCAUUGCAACCAGAGAGUUAUUUGGAAACAGCGACUCUUCUCUUCACACCAAAGGAAAUCCAUUCCAUGAACACAAACAUAUAAAUAAUAAAUGUAAAUAUAAAUAUGAAUACAGUUAAACUGCUAUGAGGGGACCUACAUAGAUCAACAAUAUUAAUAUAUAUGC